UAUAAAGCUAAUCGACGGUCGGCCAUCUUUUCCCGGUUCGUUGUCGUUCACCGCCGCGCAGCUGGCUGACAAAUCAUUUCUUCUUUGAAGCGAAGCAGCAGACAUGCCUACUAAAGUCUUUUUCGACAUCAGCAUUGACGGCAGUGCUGCUGGCCGCGUGGUGAUGGAGCUGCGCGAAGACGUGGUUCCCAAGACGGUGGAAAAUUUCCGCGCCCUUUGCACCGGCGAGAAGGGUUUCGGCUACAAGGGGAGCGUCUUCCACCGCAUCAUCCCUGGGUUCAUGUGCCAGGGCGGCGACUUCACCAACCACAACGGAACCGGAGGCAAGUCCAUCUACGGGAACAAGUUCCCUGACGAGAACUUUCAACUUAAGCAUACGGGACCUUACAUCUUAUCCAUGGCCAAUGCUGGACCCAACACCAACGGGUCGCAGUUCUUUAUCUGCACUGCCAAGACCAGCUGGUUGGACGGCAAACACGUGGUUUUCGGCAACGUGGUGGAGGGCCAAGAUGUGGUGACAAAAAUGGAGGCCGUGGGCUCCCAAAGCGGAAAGACUUCCAAAAAGGUCUCUAUCGCUGACUGCGGACAGCUCUGAGAGCACCCCUGACGCGUCCUCUCCCCCCCCCCCCCGACCCCGAUCAUUCAUUCCACAUUCCGGCUGAUAGUGGAACAACUCAUUUCCUUUUUUUUUUUUUUUUUUUUUUUGGUUUUUGGUAAAUUUUUUAAUUAUUUUUUUUUGUUGUUGUAACGAUUCCAAACUCGUUGCCACAUUUGUGACUUUGCCUUGACACGUUUGAAUUUCAUUAACGCUCUUCUCCAAAACGGUUUUUCUUUUCUUGGAUGAAAUAAAAGAUGGCCCUGAUGACUCGA